GAGUAUAGGGUUCCUUUCAUCGCAUAAAAUUUUGUUCUCUUUACCUUUCUACUCUGAUAGAUAAAUUUGCAGAUAAAUUCAAUGCAAAAUGUAACAAUUACGGAAUGAAAUUUUUUUGGGCAAAAUUUUUCCUCAAUUUUAGAGGUUUAUGUUUAAAUGAAGUGGGUUGCGAUUUAAACUAACCUCAACUAUAGACUCUAUCAAUACCGGGACUUGAGACAUGAUUUGAUUUAUAAUAAUGUCAAAUCUUUCACGAAAAAUUGUAGAAAUACUUUCCACAAAAGUUAACAAAUCGCCUAUGUUAACAAAUGCCAUUGAAGCAGCAACUGAACGAGCUCAAGUGCAAUUUUCUAACAUCCAAAAUGUUGCAACAAAAAAAUAUGAUACCAUUGUUAAGCAAAUCAAUGGAGCUACAAUAAUUCAAGAUUUGAAGUCUGCAGCUCUGGAGCCAGUUACUCCAAUUCCAAAGCAAUUAGUUGCAUGGUGGAAGUGGUAUCAACAUUUAACAGGAUUGGAGGACGUAGAAGUGGCCAGACAGCAGAUGAUUCAUGUUCAGGAUAAAUUAUUUGAUUGUCAAAAUCGUCGACGAAAUUUAAUGCAUCAAUCAGCUUUGAUUGCUGAUAAAUUGAAGGAAGUUUAUACCGAAUUAGUUCAAACACAACGGGAAGAUCCUAAAUAUGUACACUUAACAAUCAUGGAAAAUAAAGCUCUGCAAGAAAAAACUAGACUUAUGUCACGAUUAAAUUUAUUAGAAAAUGAAGAGAGAGACUACUUUACUCAGCUUGCAACAGCUAUAAAAGAAUAUCAUGAUAGCCAGAAUAUGAAUGCUCAAAAGUAUAAAUAUUUAUCGAUUCUUGCAUCCGCCAUAAUCGCGAUACUAUCUUUGGGUGGAUCAAUGAUUUAUAAUAAUAAAAGGAUAGUCGAUGUUCACAAGAUCAUUGAAGAAGGUCAAGGAAGAAAUGAAUCACUUUUUCGAAGUUACUUCGAUUCUUUGAAGGAUAGUAUAGAUGAAUUAAAAAAUGAAAGAAAGACUGUUAUGCAUCGAAGUGUAAUUCCUGAAUUAAUUGUAACCGAUGGAGAUUUAAAUGUAUCUUUACUAGAAAAGAAAAUAAUUUUAGGAUGUGUUUUUGUUUCGUUAAUUUAUGUAUUGAGCAGAAUUACUUAAUUAUUCGAUUAAAUGGAAGGAUUACUUGCCAAAUAAUUUGUAUUCUUUGUAUUUUAAAUAAAGUUAUGUGUAUAUAAUGUACAGAAUAAAAAUACAGUUGUGUAUA